AUGGAGAAAGGUUUUGGCUCAUGUAACGGUGCCUCGUCCUCCUCUGCCACUGGGUCAACCUUGACCUCCGUCGUCGUACCUCCGCGAUCAUCUUCCGCCGUAGUUGGUACUUCUUCUUGCUCUGCGGUUACUGUGACCGCAUCUCAGUCUGCUAUCACGGUUUCUGGUGCUAUCACUACAGUUACGCUGCCUGGUGACAAGGUUACCACAACGAUCACGAUUCCAGGAGAGGGAGAAGUCACCACGGUUACGGUUCCCGGAGAAAAGACAACGGUGACCCUUCCUCCGUCGACCUCAACGCUCACAGUUCCUGGUGCUGGGGAAGUCAUCACCAUCACUGUACCUGGGGAUGAAAAGACGUCUACACUGACCGUUCCCGGAGAAGGAGAAGUCAUCACCGUUACGAUACCUGGAGCACCAUCAACUGCAACAGUAUCUGUGACAAUUGCGGGCGAAGACAAGACCUCAACUCUCACGAUUCCAGGUGCUGGAGAAAUCACAACCGUCACAAUUCCUGGAGAUGCUGCGACUGUCACACUUCCUGCCGCGACUGUAACAGUACCAACCACGCUCCCUGGCGAAGAGACAACAUCUACCCUCACAAUUCCUGGUCCGGGAGAAAUCACUACGGUCACAGUACCCGGCGAAGCCUCGACCGUCACAGUUCCAACGACAGUAACCCUACCUGGAGAGGAUUCUACUGUCACGCUUCCCGUCACUCUCUCAGCUGAGACCGUCACCCUCUCUGGCGACCUAGCAACGACUACUGAAACGGCUCCCGCUUCGACAGUCACCGUCACAGCAACUGCCACGUCCACUGCUGGUGCUGGUUCAUGUUCUCCAAGUGCCAAUGCCGUUGUCAACGGCGAUUUUGAGACUCCUCUAUCUGGCACAUGGAGUGUCCUCACUGUCGACAAUGCGAUCGUGGAACGAGUGAGCCUUCCAGGGAGCUCGUUCGUUGUUCGAUCAAGGGUCAACGCCGGAAACAACAAUCUGCCGCAACGCCUUGUCCAGGCCAUCACUCUGUGCCCUGGAACUACUUAUCAAGUGGGUUUCCAGGCGCGACGCGUAACAAGUAGCGGUACUAUUUCUGCAGUGGCCUAUGUCAACGAUGUUGCUCUAGCUGGUGGUGUGGUCGCGGCCACUUCUUUCACCUCUGUUGCAACUAUCAAUGGUGGGUAUUUCAGUACCACUGCCAGUACCGCUAUCCUGAGGAUCGAGUUUACCUAUUCAGGUUCAUCUGGUGUAGCGAAGGAGGUCCAGGUUGACAAUGUAGCGAUUACUCCGGCUUCGUAG